UUGCCCCUCAAUACUGUCGCAAGAUGUGUGAAUUGCGACGUUUUUGAUAGUUUUACGGCACGUUGCUGACGGUAUGCAGAGUUGACGUUAUGAGAGCUCACUUUUCCGUUGCUUUGUAAAGUAACUGCUGAUAUCACUCGAGGAUGGAUCAGGUGGUUCUGAGCUUCCAGGACAGUCUCCUGCGGCGCUCAGAUGUGGCACUGUUAGACGGUCCUCACUGGCUCAACGAUCAGGUCAUCGGAUUUGCCUUUGAGUACUUUUCAACCGAGCGCUUCAGAAACCCGGGCGAAAAUGUGUGUUUCAUCAGCCCUGAGGUCACCCAGUUUAUCAAGCACGCCUCCUGCCAAGAGGAGCUCUCCAUCUUCCUGGAGCCUCUGAGUCUCGCGUCUCGUCGCUGGGUGUUCCUGGCCGUCAAUGACAACUCCAACCAGACGGCAGGUGGCUCCCACUGGAGCUUGCUUAUGUAUCAGCGUGACAACAACCAGUUCACGCACUACGACUCCCAGAGCGGAGGCAACUCCCUGCACGCCCGCCGUAUCUCAGCCAAGCUGGAGGCUUUUCUGGGUGCUCGGGGUAAAGUGCCAUUCGUGGAGGGGCAGUGCCCCUCGCAGCAGAACAGUUAUGACUGCGGCAUGUACGUGAUCUGUAAUGCCGAGGCUCUUUGCGAGAGCUGUAGAAUUCAGGGCUGUGCCCAUCUGCCCACUGAGAUGAUAACACCUGCCUACAUUACACGGAAGAGGACAGAAUGGCAUUCAUUAAUACGGAGACUUGCCAAGGAAUGACCGGGUUAAAUAAUGCAUCUUCAAUCGUCUUGUUCGCAUGAGCAGUAAAUGGGAAGAGUGAACACAUUUUUUCAUCAUGCUCAAUCCUGCAGAGUAAAAAAUACAGAGUUUGCAACACCAAUUUGUGUGAAAUUGUGUGCCAAAUUCUUGAAGGGCUUGUUCGCCUAGAAAAUAAAUUCUCUCAUAAUUUAUUCACCCUCAUGUUGUUCCAAACUAGUAUGGCAGUACUUGUGGAACACAGAUGCUGAUUUUUUUAGCAGACAAGAUGUUCACACAGUUGUUUUCCGUACAAUAAAAAUGUCACACAAUACAUUCAGCAAUACAUGACGGCAGAUGAAGGAAAAAAACUCAUAUUGUUCUGAAAGAAUACAUUUGGCUUUAUUUGUGGGUUAACUGCAAUCUUUCAUCUACUGCAUUGCAUUCAUUCACUAAAAAACAGACUUUUGAAGUGUACCUUAUCAGUUAUUAGCACAAGUUAAUAAAUUAAUAAUGUAUUAUUGCGGAUUAGUUUAGAUUAGUAGCAUGAGGAAAGUGUCUUCACUUAACUGAUUGUGAUGCUUGUUUACAAGACCAUUUGCUCAGGGCUUAUUUUGAAAAGACAACAGAUGAUUAAGAAUGUGAUCGGCGUCGUAUCGUAUAUUUACUCUCUAAGCUACCGUUUGCCAAGGAUAUGUAGUACGUGCUGUUGGGCUGAACACAAAAUAGCAGACUAAUAUUUAUUAACCAAGUCGCUCUGAAAAAUGCUUUGUGACCUCACACCGGCAAAUUUAUGAUUGUAAGACAGUUUCAUAUUGAGCUGUAUAAACCAAUUUUUAUAGAACCUAAAUGAGGCAUAUGAAAUACAUUAUGUAUCACCCCAUUACAGCAUUUACUGCGUGCAGGGAAUAUACUUUUGUGUAAUAAUGCUGUUUACUUUGUGCAAAAAUGUUGUCAUUGAUCAAUUCCUGGGGAAUUUCAUCAAGUAUUUGACUUUUGUUGAUUUCAUAUUUGUAUGUGUUGUAUUAUUUGUCUUAUUUAUGAGUCAAGACCUUCAAAUAAAAACAUUUACAGUGGUCAACAGGAGUGGUCAACCUUAA